CGCGCACGGCCCGCUCGGCUCAGCUGCGCCCCUGCCCAGCUGAGCUCCGCGAUUAGCACCUGGGACAGCGCCACUAGCCCACGUGCGGGGGCGGGCUCCCCGCGGGCCAGCGCCUCAGUGCCUCCAGAAGGGAUCAGACCAGCUGGCCAGCAGGGCGCUUGGGUGCCUCUGCAGCUGGGACUACAGGACCCCAACACCAUGUUCCCGGAGCCCCCGACUCCCGGGCCUCCAGUGCCCGACGUGCCUCCAGACUCCAGCCGCAUCAGCCAGGGCGCAGUCCCCCUCUGGGCCCUGGCCACCAUUAUACUGGUCUCUGGCCUCCUCGUCUUCAGCUGCUGUUUCUGUCUCUACCGGAAGCGUUGUCGGAGGCGGAUGGGCAAGAAAAGCCAGGCCCAAGCCCAAGUUCACCUUCAGGAAGUGAAGGAGCUGGGCCGGAGCUACAUAGAUAAGGUACAGCCAGAGGUGGAGGACCUGGAUCCGACACCACCUGGGCCAGGGCAGGAGGUGUCAGAGAAGCAAGAGCUAGGACGACUGCAGUAUUCACUGGAUUAUGACUUCCAGAGUGGCCAGCUGCUGGUGGGCAUCCUGCAAGCUGAGAGGUUGGCGGCCUUGGACCUGGGAGGUUCUUCUGACCCCUAUGUUAGUGUCUACCUGCUGCCAGACAAGCGGAGGCGGCACGAGACCAAAGUGCAUCGGCAGACGCUGAAUCCACACUUUGGGGAGACCUUUGCCUUCAAGGUCCCGUAUGUGGAGCUAGGGGGCAGGGUGCUGGUCAUGGCGGUGUAUGACUUCGAUCGCUUCUCCCGCAACGAUGCCAUCGGGGAGGUGCGGGUCCCUAUGAGCUCGGUGGACUUGGGGCGGCCGGUGCAGGCCUGGCGGGAGCUGCAGGCAACUCCGAAGGAGGAGCAGGAGAAACUAGGGGACAUCUGCUUCUCUCUCCGUUAUGUCCCCACGGCCGGGAAGCUCACCGUCAUCGUCCUGGAGGCUAAAAACCUGAAAAAGAUGGAUGUAGGAGGACUAUCAGAUCCCUAUGUCAAGGUCCACCUGCUGCAGGGUGGCAAAAAGGUACGAAAGAAGAAAACCACCAUCAAGAAGAACACUCUUAACCCCUAUUACAAUGAGGCCUUCAGCUUUGAGGUGCCCUGUGACCAAGUCCAGAAGGUCCAGGUGGAGCUGACAGUGCUGGACUAUGACAAGCUGGGCAAGAACGAAGCCAUCGGGAGGGUGGCGGUGGGAGCGGCAGCUGGUGGGGCUGGCCUGCGACACUGGGCUGAUAUGCUGGCCAACCCCCGGCGGCCCAUCGCCCAGUGGCACUCCCUGCGGCCUCCUGACCGAGCGAGGCCGCCACCUGACCGAGCGAGGCCGCCACCUGCACCCUGA